AUGGUCUCACGGGAAAACCACGUCAGUCAUCUCAUGCUGCGAUCGCUGUGCGGAUGUCGAGUGAACAAAGUUAACGACAAGAGCGAUGUCGUCAUCAGAGAUUAUCGUGAUACGGUUUUCAUCUACACUUCAAGUAAUGUUCUGUGUCGUUCACUACUCGGCGCAUUGUUCACCGCUCUCGAAAACGCUAAUCUCAAUGCGACCGAGAUGUUGAUGCUGAGGCCAAGUCAGGACGUCGUCAAAAAAUCUGCGAUGUUGAAGAAGAGUGGACGAGCAUCAUCGCAGGCGGACGAGUUGUGUGUGGUAUCGAUGUGGCGAGGUGAAGAUGUCUUUAAACACGCACUGAACGCUGUCGUUCAGUUCUGCAACACUUACGCCUUCGUUCGAGGUAUUGACAUCGUAAUGACUGAUUCCACAAAGAUGACUCGUCGAGAAGGCGAGCUAUGGAUUGAGCCUUUAGCAUCUUCCCUACUACCUCCGAUUUCCACUGCAAAUGAGGAGGCGGCACCAAGUGGUGAUGCUCCUAAUCCGGAGAAUAACACAGUGACACCGGCUAAUGUCGUUGACGUCCCGGUGGCAAUCGACACAGCUCAUGAUGCAGACCAUAUCGUUCUUGUUCGAGAGAGUUCCACAGCUGACACGCUUCGAGUGGGCGAUGAUAAACCGCCUUCUCCACAAAUUCCUGAACCAUCGCCAUUGAACAAUACUUAA